AUGGGCUCCUACUACUCUUCUGGUUACUGCCUGAUUUCGGCUACGGGUGCUGCGGAUAGUAACGAGGGACUUUUCAUGGAACGGCACAUGACAAAGUAUGAGACCAAGAGCUGCCUCAUUGGCUUCGACGAAGAGAAGAAGACACACAGGUAUUUGCUGGUGUUGGACCUCAGCGCCGGCCAGAUAAUGCGCAAAGCUCCGCUCAUGAAAUGGGGGUGGUGCAUGCAGGAACGGCUUCUGUCUUGCCGGGUCUUACACUGGACAAAGGACUGCCUGAUUUGGGAGUGUCCUGGGACCCCUGGCUGGUCGGAGCUGUUGGAGCCAUCUCUCCACAAGCCUACACGGCUCGACGGAAGCAACCACGAGGUCUUCGAACAACCCACGACGACGGACACGGCCAUGCUGAAAAAAGUCAAAGAUGACCGGUUGAGGCUUGUCACAAGGUACAGCAACAUGAACUUGACGUAUCAAACUGAUCGUCCCGCUGCGAUUCACGGAGUUGCCUGUCGACUCCUGAGCAUUCACGGGGGUGGUUACUUUGCGGGGCUUUUUCGCAACAACAUCAUCUCAGGACUUGCGUGGAUGGUGGAGUGGACAGACUUUUAUGAACCAACUGCUAGCAAGGCGCUGGGCUUUACGACCUGGUCAUGGGCGUCAUCAGACGCGCAGUUUGGGAUCUCCUUUCCCUCUUUGGACGAGUCACUCAUUCAAUGCCUGAACCCUGAAGCCUUUGUAUCAGCACCCGUGUUGAUUAGUUUCAAGGACGAAUCGGAACGCAUCCUUCAUCUCAGGGGCCCUCUGAUCUCGUUAGAUGCGACUUUAUACGAGAGCUCCGGACAGCAGUACCAGAGACUCAAGAAGUGCCGAAGCGAGAAUGGGAUGUUGAAAUUGAAGCCGAGUAUGACGCGCAUGACCUGCAGCCCAGUUUUCCAAGUCGACUGUGCGUAUUUAUUCUGGGCCGGCAUCAAGACAAGUUGA